UUCCUCCCUCCCUUCAUCUCCUUUCUCACAUUUCCUGGAAACCACUUGUAUUUCCCAUCGGAUUACGUAAACUGGUUCAAGAAUCAUAUCAUUACAAGUAGUUGUUUGGAAUGAAUCUACUCCUUGCGAUUGACAGUAUCAUAAAUAUGGGUAGUUACCUCCCAGAAAACUUUAGCGCCAAACAAUAAGAAAGUCAAGCACGUGUACAAAAACUGGAAGACAUUAGUCUACAUAUUGCAACCUGCUAUACAGAUCACGAGCGAACAAUGGCACAGAAUAUCACAGUUAUUUUGAAAAUAUGUAUACUCCUCUGUUUUGUUUGCUCACAAACACAUGGAUGCCAUAAAAUAGAAAAGGAUGCUCUUUUGAAAUUCAGAGAUAAUCUGAAAUAUCCCAAUGCCCUCUUGAAUUCUUGGAAAGGCUCUUCUAAUUGCUGCCAAUGGACAGCCCUCCACUGUGACUCUCACUCAGGAAGAGUGGAUUCUCUUGAUUUCAGAGGUUUCAACCUUUCUACUCAUUACAGAGGAAAGUUAGGACUCUCUGCGCUCUUCCCAUUAAGCCAACUGAAAUACCUGGAUUUGAGCAUGAAUUCUUUUCACGGCCUUGAGAUGCCCCCAAACAUGUCCUUUUUGACAGAGCUUACUUAUCUCAACCUCUCCAACACAGGCUUAUCUGGACUCCUGCCUUUCCAGUUGGGAAAGAUUUCAAAGCUACGUUACUUGGAUUUUUCUGAUCUAGAGCAUUUGGAAAUCCCCUGUUUGAAAUGGCUGGGGACUCUUACACAGCUCGAGUAUAUUUCACUCCGUGGGGUCAAUCUAAGCGGCCUUCCUAUGAUGGAAAUAGGUGAGUCUGUUGGUGAACUUAAGAGGCUUCAGCAUCUGGACAUGACAAAUUGUAGCCUGGUAGGUCCAAUUCCUGCUUUUCUCAUAAAUCUUACUUCACUCAGAUAUCUGCAUAUGGAGAAUAAUUCACUUUCUUCUGAACUACCCACCUGGGUAUUCAAUAUAAAAAGCUUGGUUUCACUCAAUCUGAGGAUGAAUUUCCUGAAUGGGACUCUGCCAGCCCAGAUUGCAGCUUUAAGCCUUACCCACAUGGACCUCUCAGUGAAUCAUUUAACUGGCACAAUCCCAUCUGUCAUUGGGAAUCUAAGCUCUUUGACAUAUCUAGAUCUGGGUGUCAAUAAAUUCUAUGGAACAAUUCCCUCUUCCUUAAGCAAUCUCUCUUCUCUGAACUUUCUGCGCCUUCGUCAUAAUGCACUGCAGGGCAACAUUCCCCAUUGGUUGUCCACAUUAUCAUCCUUGACAUAUCUUGAUCUGAGUGCAAAUAAGUUGAAUGGUAGUGUUCCGUAUUCAUUAGGUCAAUUGUCCUCCCUUAAAACCCUUUCAAUAUGGGGCAAUCAGUUGGAGGGAACGGUGACAGAGUCUCUGUUUGAAAACCUAACCAAUAUGCAGUACCUAUUGUUAACUGAAAGUGGAUUGACUCUCAACAUAAGCAGAGAUUGGGUUCCUUCUUUUAAUCUGGCGAUGCUAUUGGUGAGAGGGUGUAACAUGGGAGGAAGCAUUCCAAAAUGGUUGUCCUACCAGACCAGAAUUGAGCACAUUGAUCUUUCCAGAAACAGUCUGGAGGGAACCAUACCUUCAUGGUUAUGGAGUACAUGGUAUAAUCUGAAGACCCUGAACCUCUCAGGCAAUCAUCUCCAUGGUCCUCUUCCCUCUCUUGCCCUUCAAAAUCAAUUGACAGUUCUGGAAUUGUCCAAGAACAAUUUUGAAGGAAACAUUGCAGAUUACAUCGGAACAAAUCUUCCAUCUUCUCUGGAGUUCUUGUCGCUGUCUAACAACAAGCUCAGAGGUGCCAUUCCUUCAUCAAUCUCUUUCUUAAAAAGGAUAGAAAAUUUGGAUCUGUCAAGUAACGAGCUCAGCCAUGCUCUGCCCUCCAGCCUGGGGAACUGCACCUCUCUGAAAGUGUUGACAUUGUAUGGCAAUAAGCUGGAGCGAGCAAUUCCAGAUGAGUUGGGUAAUCUACAAAAGCUCCAGUCAUUGGAUCUCAGGGGCAAUAGAUUUUCAGAGCAAUUACCAUCGGGGCUUCUCAACUGUAAACUACUAGAGUUCCUGGAUCUUAGCAAGAACAACUUCACUGGCAAAUUACCCAAUUGGAUUGCAAGCUUGAAAAAUCUGCGAGUUGCUCUUCUGAGGUCGAAUAAUCUGUCAGGCACAAUUCCUCCAGAUAUAUUUCGUAUACCCAAUCUUCAGAUCAUCGACCUCGCCUCCAAUGGCUUUUCAGGCGUCAUUCCCGCUGAAAUCACAGAAUUAGUCGCCAUGGCUACUGCUCAAACGAGCGGUGAAAGGUAUGGAAGGUACUUUAUUGCUUAUCAAAUGUAUUAUCAGAAAGGGUUUAACAUUACCAACAAGGGAAACGAGCUGGACUACUCUUCAAUUCCUGCUGCCUUUACUGUUAUUGAUCUCUCUGCAAACAAUCUCAGAGGAGAAAUUCCAGGGGAAAUUGGGAAGCUGAAAGGCCUGAUUACUCUAAACUUGAGUCACAACCAUUUAAGUGGGCGCAUUCCAGAAAGCUUAGGGGAUAUCCAUAAUUUAGAGUCUCUGGAUCUAUCGGGCAAUCAGUUGAGUGGAUCGAUUCCUGUUUCGAUCCAGGCGCUCGAUUUUCUGGGUCAUUUGAAUUUGUCAUAUAAUAAUCUGUCAGGAAGAAUUCCACAACAACGCCACUUCGACACAUUUGGAGCAUCGUCAUUUUUGGGUAACGUGAAUUUGUGUGGAGCUCCAGUGAAUAAGACUUGUUCUUCUCAAAGAUCGCUUCCUCCUAGUACACAAGUAGAAGAAGAAGAUGAGGAGAUUUCGUCGUGGAAAAGCAGAGAGAUGAUGAUGGGAACAGGUGUUGGAUUUGUGGUGGCGUUUUGUGGAGUCGGUUUGGUAUUGUGGUGUCGAGUGGCUAAAUAUUGGGAAUAGCAUCAGAAAUCUUUUUAGGCAUUAAUGGACAAAUGUAUUAUUAAUUUUGAUCAAAUGAGUUAUAUUAUUGUGCAGGCAGCCAACACUAGGUAGUUUGGCAAAAUAUUUAUUGAUUUGAGUUUCUUCAUUCAAUAUUAUUUCUUCUACCAAUUGGUAAUUUUAUUUCACCAAAUUCUUAUAUGUACUUUGAAAAAUUGCCAAUCUUAUUAAUGAUUAGUCUAUUUGUCAAAUAUGAAAAGUGAUAUUAU